GAUAAAAAGAGUUAAUUACAGGGGAAAGCAUUUGCAAAUGGAAAACUAAUCAUUAUUUACAAAUUCUCUACCCAUAUAUAAUCUGAACAAUACUUAUUAACUUCAUUCACUCACAAUCAGUUUGCAUUUACGACAACAACAACAAAAACCAUUACAAAAUGAAAUCUUUUAUUGUUUUGUUUGCAGUCUUCGUGAUUGCCAAAGCUUUUCCAGCGACAGACGUGGAGGUAACACAAGACACAGCCGGAGGCUACAACUACGUCAUUAAAUCCGCAAAUUUCAACAAAGAGGAAAACCGAGAUCACUCAGGCUCCGUAACCGGUUUCUACUCCUACAUCGAUGCCAACAACCAACUUAUCACCUACAAAUACGUAUCAGGACCAGACGGUUUCCGAAUCAUCGACGGACCGGUUCCGGUUGCUCCAGAAGCUCCUCUCCCAGUCGCUCCAGUUGCUGAAGUAGCCUUCCAACCAGUUCCAAGCGUUUCGAUCGAAUACCAACCUCAGGAACAAUUGUCGGCGCCAGUUAACUCCUUCAGCUCCUUCAAGCCUUUGGCUGUUCCGGUUCAACGCCAGGUCUUCGAUUAUGUUCCUCAGCCCGUGCAAGACACUCCCGAAGUUGAGGCCGCCAAACAGGCUCAUUUUGCCGCUCACCGUGAACAUCUUGCCCUUUUGGGUCAGAUUUAAUAUUUAUUUUAAUUUAUAUGUAAAUUAAUUAUAAUUU